CUGGUUCCACUAGUGGGGAUCAUCAGUGCUGCUUGUGUGGGCGCUUCUGCUUUCGUGUGGUACGCAGUGGCUACUAAGCCUGACGUCAGGGUGGUGAAGUCUCGGGGUCCUGCAUACGAAGAUGUUCUUCCCACAGAAUCUAGAAAGAUGAUUAACUUGGACAGAACCAAAUACCAGCCUAUUCCUGAACUGCAGGCAUUGAGGAAGGAGAUCGGAAGCUACAAAGCCUAA